GCGGGGCGGAGUCAGCUCUCGCGUCGGCCCCGCCCACCAGGUCGGGUAUAAAGAGCCGCCAGGUCGGCGCUCGCCUCCCUCCCGAAGGCAGGAAAGGACACCACCAUGUCGUCGACCAAGUCCAUGGUCCUGGGGUACUGGGACAUCCGCGGGCUGGCGCACGCCAUCCGCCUGCUCCUGGAGUUCACAGGCACCAACUACGAGGAGAAACGGUACAUCUGCGGGGGAGCUCCUGACUUUGAUAAAAGCCAAUGGCUGGAUGUGAAAUUCAAGCUGGACCUGGACUUUCCAAACCUGCCCUACCUCAUGGACGGCAAGAACAAGAUCACCCAGAGCAACGCCAUCUUGCGCUACAUCGCGCGCAAGCACAACAUGUGUGGGGACACCGAAGAAGAAAAGAUCCGCGUGGACAUCAUGGAGAACCAGAUCAUGGACUUCCGCAUGCAGCUGGUUCGGAUCUGCUACAACAAGGACCAUGAAAAGCUGAAGCCCACGUACUUGGAGCAGCUGCCUGGACAGCUGAAGCAGUUCUCCCUGUUCCUGGGGAAAUUCUCAUGGUUUGCGGGGGACAAGCUCACCUUUGUGGAUUUCCUCACCUACGACGUCUUAGAUCAGAAUCGUAUGUUUGAGCCCAAGUGCCUGGAUGAAUUUCCAAACCUGAAGGCUUUCAUGUGCCGCUUUGAGGCUUUGGAGAAGAUCGCGGCCUACAUGCAGUCCGACCGCUUCUUCAAGAUGCCCGUCAACAACAAGAUGGCCCUGUGGGGCUGCAAGAGAAUAUGCUGAGCAGGGGGCUGCCUCACACCGCCUCUUCCAUCCCCUCCUGUCCCCGGGGGACCCGUGUGCCUUCUCUGCUCCUCUCAAUAAAUAGCCCUUAGACUA